GGCAAUAGUCUGCGGGGAGAACACAUUGGAUUUGUCUAUUGGAAACAUAAGAGGAUGGCAAUUGGUUAUCAUCUCUCUCUUUUACCAGGUAUCUGAAAUAUCAGUCUACUUGACCAAUGUAGAUGGAAUAGUUCCUGUGAAGAAUAGCCCACAAAAAGCAAAUGAGAAGUCCAAACUAUCACAGAAAUGUCGGUUUGGUGAAAUGACUGAGUGUUUCUUUAUAAACAAAAAAAUUAUCCUCCUCACUCUGAUGGUUCUUGUUAUUGUAAUAAUAACUUGGACCUUAUUGUGGGUCUUUGUUUUGAGAACUCAAAACAACAAUGCUUUAUAUUUUGCUGGAUUAUUCCGCAUAGCUGAUGUUGAAUUUAUUCCUGAGUAUCGGAGAAAGGACUCCCCUGAAUUUCUCUACAUGGCAGAUAAAGUUCAGCAAGUGAUGAAUAAUGUUUAUCGAAAAUCACUUUUCUCCAAGUUAUACAAGCAAUCGACCAUUUCUGACUUGAGUGACAACAACAAUGGUGGUGUUCUUGUUCAUUUCUGGAUUGUCUUUGUGGUCCCAAAUGUGAAGGCUUUGUUUGUGUGUGAGGAUUGUGUCAGUGCUAUCUUAAAGGAUUCUAUCCAGACAAGCCUGGUAAACCGUACAUCAGUUGGUUAUCUCCUUGGACUUCCCGUGGACAUGGACUCGAUUGUUGUUAAUGCUGGCCUGCGUUCAGAUUAUAUCGCUACAGCUACAACAAAUUCAAAAUAUGUUAUUGAUAAGCAUGCAGAGCAGGCUGGUAUUUCUAUUCCUCUUAACUUCUCUGCUGCCUCUGGACGGGUGAACUGCCACUUCAAGUUCACUUCACUGCUAGGACAUGUCAUUCGCCUCUCUCUCAUCACCCUGCAGAUUGAACCUGAUAACUGUGUUACAGAUUCACUCCAUAUUUAUGACUCGCUCAUGCCUAUCAGAAGUAGGAAAUUAUACCGAGCCUGUGAACCCUUUGGUUCUUUCCCGGUUUCUUUUGUAUCAACUGGCAAUGGCAUGUUUCUGUCAUUCAAAUCCCUCAGUGUGCAUGGAAAGAAAGAAAUAAAGGGAUAUUUUGAAGCAAUUCCCAAGGAAAAAUUUGAAAACACUAUACUUUCAACAGAUGGAACAAAAUUGGAGGGAAACAUAACCAGUCCAUAUUAUCCAAGUUAUUACCCUCUAAAAUGUAGCUCUACAUGGAAAUUUAAGACUUCUGCACCUUCUUUUGGAUUAGCGUUGAAAUUUCAUAACUACACCUUGAAGGAAAAAGGACUUGAAGGAUGUGAUCAUGGAUGGUGGAAAAUAAAUGAAAAGAUGUACUGUGGUUAUCAAAUAGACCACCAGACAGUAUUCCACAUAACUAAUUUCCUGGUUAGUAUCACAUUCCAGUGCAGUGGAAAACAAGCAAGCAAGGCAUUUCUGGCAGAGUUCAGCAGCUACAACAUCAGCCAACCUUGUCCUAAUGGAUAUUAUGUCUGCUCCACUGGUCUGUGCAUCCGACAGUCUCAACGUUGUGAUGGAUCAGAUGACUGCUUUGAUGAAAGUGAUGAAGUAUUUUGUUCUCUACCACCAAAAAUAUGCAACACAAGUUCUCCAAGGCAUUAUCACUACUUCAUCUGUAAUGGAGUCAAAGAUUGUGAGAAUGGCACAGAUGAACUUAAUUGCACAGAUUCUGUGCCCUGUACAAACAUUACCUAUAAAUGCAAGAAUAAUCUGUGUAUUCUGAAGAAGAAUGCUAAAUGUGAUGGAACCAUAGACUGCUUGGAUGGAAGUGAUGAAAUGAGUUGUGAUUGUGGCAACAAAAUACGGCACGGAAGUCGAAUCGUAGGAGGAUCCAGUGCUCAAGACGGAGCGUGGCCUUGGCAAGUCAGCCUUCACUUUUCUGGAUCACCUUAUUGUGGAGCAUCAGUGAUAACAAAGGAGUGGCUUAUAUCUGCAGCACACUGCUUUCAAGGGGAAAAGAUGUCCGAUCCCAGACCAUGGAUAGCUCAUUUAGGAAUGCAUACUCAAGGAAAUGCAAGGUUUACAAGUGAGCUCAAAAGAAUCCUCGUCCAUGAAUACUACAAUGGCCGGAACUUUGACUAUGAUAUUUCACUGCUAAAACUGAAAACACCUUGGCCAGACAGACCAGCAUCAGCAAUCCAACCAAUUUGUGUUCCUUCACCGGCUCAAGUGGUACCAAAUGGAGAGAGAUGCUGGGUAACUGGCUGGGGACAAAAGCAAGAAAUGGAUAACAGUGAUCCUACCGUUCUUCAAGAAGCAGAAGUUGAGAUCAUAAAUCAGUCACUCUGUCGUUCCACCUAUAGACUCAUCACUCCACGUAUGCUGUGUGCGGGAUUGUUAUCUGGCAAAAGAGAUGCUUGUCGUGGCGACUCUGGAGGACCAUUAUCUUGUCAAGAAAAAGUUGGUGGAAGAUGGUUUCUAACUGGUAUUGUGAGCUGGGGUCAUGGAUGUGGAAGACCCAAUUUUCCUGGAGUUUAUACAAGAGUGUCAAAGUUUGCUACAUGGAUCCAGCAGCAUGUCUCUGCCUUGCCAAAAACUGAUGACCUCACAUACAGGGCGAUGCGAUUACUUUCAAAGCAGCGGAUCAGUGAGGUCUUCGCUAUUUCAGAAACAGCCGCUCACCAGCAGAAACAGGCAAGACCCACCUUUGGCCAGAUAAGACCAACUGGAAAAAAAUUCAGCACCUCAGGUGAAAUUGCUGAAUACUGUGCUUUGGCCAAUUUAGAGAAGGACGUGAAGACUUUGGAACUUGAAAUAAUUAAUGAGGAUGUCUUGGGGAUGGUCCACAUUACAGCAGAGGAAAUACUGGAUGGCUUAAAGCGAAUGAAGGUAGAUGAAUCUCCAGGGCCUGAUCAGUUUUCAGAACUGUAUGAGCCAUCUAUAUUGGGGAAAUAUUACCUGAAAUCAGUCAUCACUGCAUUUAGUGAAGGAGAGGAAGGGCUUCGAGCCUAUUACUGGAGUAAGUUCUCGGCUCCAGAGGAUGUAGCACACUACAUCAAGAAUACAACUACAUCUAAUUUGCAACAAGUCAAUGGAAAAAAGUUGAAAAUACCCCUGCUGAACUCUUCUGAAGAGAUUUCCUCUAUUGAAGAAGAUUUUGAUGUUUACACAAUUGAGCUAUUUGCUUCAGGUUCUGAAGAAUAUGACCUAACUGUCAAGUCGGCGAUUUCUUUUGAUCUCUAUGCAAAACCAGGCAACAAUCGGACACUGACGCUAACUCGGCCAAAAAGAUCCUAUUACCAAUGGCGACUGCGAGUUCCAGCGGGCCAUAUUGUGCAUUUAGUGAUUCUGACACUACAUGGGGCAAUUCCAGGAAACUGUGCAAUCCACAAACUAUCAGCCUAUGAUUUUCUUCUCCCCAUACAGAACAAAAUAAUUGCACGGUGGUGUGGAUCACCUGUCAGUUGGAAUCCUCCAGUUAUCAGAUUGACUUCAUCUGGCAAUGUGAUGUUGGUGACAUUUUCGUCAAAAAUUCCAAGAGGUGGUGCAGUAUUUAAAGCCUAUUUUGAAGCUAUUCGUAAAAGAGGUUGUGGUGGCAACUUCAUAUCCUGGAAUGGUUCCUUGAGCUCUCCUUUUUAUCCUCGCUACUACCCACCCAAGAUUGACUGUACCUGGACUAUAACUACACCUGCUGUAGGAUAUAUUAUAGCCCUUUCUGUUAUCGUUUUGGAAAUCCAAGAGAGAUCCCAAGGUUCAAGAUACUGUGAUAGGGACUGGUUGGAGAUUGAUGGAAUCAGAUACUGCAAUCAAGUAACUGAGGGAGGUUUUCACAAGGUUUAUGGAAGAUCUGUCAAAAUUAAGUUUUCUUCUGAUCAGUCAGUUACCCACAAAGGAUUUUAUUUGGAAUACAGAGCUUUUAGCUAUGAGGAUCAUUGCUAUUUCACGUGCCCAAGUGGUACCUGCAUUCUCCACAGAUCUGUUUGUGAUGGAAUAAAUGAUUGUGCAGAUGAAAGUGAUGAACUAAACUGUACAAGAACACUCCAUAAAGGUUGCCCCUUGUCUUCAUAUAAAUGCCAUAAUGGAAAAUGUCUGAACAAGAUCAAUCCAGAGUGUGAUGGGAAGAGGGACUGCCAGGAUGGUUCUGAUGAAUCAGGCUGUGGUUGUGGAACUAGCCCAACUAAAAGAACAAAAAUAGUCGGGGGUGAAGAUGCCAAGAAUGGAAAAUGGCCUUGGCAAGUUAGUCUGCAGAUGGGAUUGUAUGGACACAUAUGCGGUGCAUCCAUCAUCUCAAAUCGUUGGCUUGUUUCAGCUGGCCAUUGCUUCCAAGACUCUGACUCUAUACGAUAUUCCACAUCAUCAGCUUGGACUGCAUAUCUAGGCUUGCAGUUAAUGAAUAGAAUGAACUCCAGGAUAGUGACCAGAUCAAUUAACAGGAUCGUUACCCAUCCCAAAUAUGAUGAAUUCACAUCAGAUUAUGAUAUUGCAUUGUUAGAGUUGAAGACACCAGUCUUCUUCAGCGAUUCCAUCCAACCUGUCUGCUUACCAGCCACUACUCAUAUCUUCAGUACCACUGCAAACUGCUAUGUCACUGGCUGGGGAGUCUUGGGAGAAGAUGGUGAACUAGCAACAGUUCUUCAGGAGGCUAGUGUGAAAAUUAUUCCUCUUGGUAUUUGUAAUAAGCUGUAUGAGAACUCUGUGACUUCCAGAAUGCUUUGUGCAGGCUAUCUUCAUGGUGGAGUUGAUGCAUGCCAGGGAGAUUCUGGAGGUCCAUUGGUUUGUCUGGGCAAGAGAAGAAAAUGGUUUCUCGCAGGAAUAGUUAGCUGGGGAGAAGGAUGUGCUCGACGUAAUCGUCCUGGAGUUUAUACUCGUGUUUCUAGAUUUUCUGACUGGAUCAAGCAACAAAUCAAUUGAAACUUCAGUUCAUUCAAUGAGGGUAUUCAUCCUGCUUCCUCAGCACUGUUUUUCCACUUGUGACUCUCAAGCGAGCCUGAAGCAUGCUUAUUGACUGCAUAAGCUAUCGCUUGGAAGA